GAGAGCUGAUGGCGGUACUUUUGACUCCGCGGUUCCGUAGCCUUGGCAGCCAGAGCCAGCUUCCAGGCCCAGGGCGGAGGGGGUCGGGUGUCGUGAGCCCUAGAGGUGUCUUCUGCCGGAAAAGGAGGACAGGAUGCUCUGGUCCUUUUCAAGCUACUCAGCUAUGGGAUGGUAUUAUUCAUUCUCUUCAUACUCAAGUGGAAAUUAAAAAAAGGAGGCAUCAUUUACGAACAUAUAAAGACUGUUUUACUGGUUCUGAUGCUGUUGAUGUAGUAUUAAGUCAUCUUAUGCAAAAUAUGUGCCUGAGUAGUAAUGAUGUCUCACGUCUUAAAGGAGUUCAUCUUUGCCAAGUUCUAAUGAACCAUAAAGUAUUUGAACCAGUAGGAGUGAAGCUAUUCAAAAAUGAAAAGGAAUUGGAAUUUGAAGAUUCAAGCAAUAGUCUCUACAGGUUUCUAGGCAAUAAAUCGUCUCAUGUUUUUUGCAAAAGAAAAAGGGAUUCUGUGACUGGGUUAAAUGAUGAAAUAAAAGCAUCUUUAAGACCAGAAGGCAAAAUGAUUUCAAAUCCUAUAGCACAAGAGAUUGGUGAUGAAAGCAUUGAGGAACUUAUUGGUACAAGGAGUGGGAAUCUGUCUUUACCUGGAAACAUCACAGUUGACAAACCUGUUCUCCCACUUUCAAAAGAAGCUGUGGAAGAUGUUUGGAAACAAGAAACAUUGCUACGUAUUCUUCAGCUGAUUCACAUUCCAUUCUUAGAAAAUAUUUUGGAGCCUCCAGUUAAAACACAAAAUCUUCAAUUAAGUAAAGAGGAAGAUCUUGUCAUCUCAAACACUUGCCUCGACAGAGAGGUUAUUCCAACCUUAUGUCUACCUGAGAUUGAUAACUGGCUUAAUGCAGCAAUUGAAUGCUUGGAAUAUUUCCCUGACCAGUUAAUAGUUACUGUUAGCCAGCAGUUAGUACAAAACAGAAAUGAAGAGAUAAGAUUGAAUACACAGAAGAAGUUACUCUUUGAUGUCAUAGUAAAAUAUUAUAAUCAAGAGAGAGAUUGCUUAUUAACUGAUGAGUAUUUUGAUAUUCAUUCAGGAAUUAUUGAUCUUUUAGAAAAUGAGAAAAGAACAGAAGCACUUGAAGCAAUACAGCUAUACCUAAGGUUGUUGUUGCCCAACAUUAGAGAAGAAUUACGACGGCUACUCACUUUUAUGGCGAUUGCAUCGGAACCUAAUGCCUACAAGUUACAAAAACAGACACCGGUUACUUUAUUGGAUCUGGUUAGUAAGAAACUUAAGAAGCUUCUACAUGGAGAAGAUCCAGAUGCCAUAUCAGGUUUCACAUUUUGCCAACGCUUGACGUACAAGGAGUUUGAAAAACAAAAGGAAAGGACUAGCCAAUAUCUUCACCAGUUGGCUCUUGAGAUUAAUAGUAACCCCAGCAUCUCUUUGAAACGAAAAAAGAAAUUAACUAAGGAAUUUCAAAAACAACAUCCAGAAGUUGUGCAGUAACAUUGCAGUAACAUUUCUGGGAGAAGAAACUAUAAUUUGUCAAUAUAAAGAACUCCUCUGGUGGUUUUCUCAAACUACCAUACUUAGGCUUCAGAGAUGCGAUAGCCUCUAAGCAUUGUAAGUGUAAUCAUGCUUAAAAUAUGUUAAGGAAGAUGGUCAAAAGGUACAAACUACCAGUCAUAAAAUAAAGAAGUCCUGGGAUGUAACGUACAGCAUAACAACCAUAGUUAAUAAUACUGUAUUUUGUAUUUGAAAGUUGCUAAGAGAGCAGUUCUUAAAAAAACGUUAAGGAUGUUUUUAACUUUAAAAGGAAAUACAAAUUAAAAUCAUGUGUGCUGAUUCAUUUAAUUACUGUGGUGCUAAAAUCACUUAUGAAAUGUGCUCCUAUUAUUAGGGAUCUGGUACAGUUAAUUUCCUUAGAAUCUUUUUUUCCCAGAGAAAAAGAACAUUUCAUACAUGAGUUUUCUGAAGAAAGCAUACAUUUUCCUUAGUACAUAUUGUUUGUAAGCUACUCCUUUAGGCUACUGUAACUUAAAUGCUGGGAAUCAUCUAAGUAGGGGAAGACUUAUUAAGUAGAAGACUUUAAAAGCCACAAAUUUAAAAUGCAUAAAUAUCUAAAACAAUGAUUUUGCCUUCUCUAAUUCUUUUUUAGUCCAUGAAGUAUUUUAUGGUUUUCUGCUUUCCUUCCUCUUUCUUUCUUUCUUUCUUUCUUAAUUGAUUACUUUAUGGCAUCAUUCUCUCAAUUUGAUAUAGGUUGAGGAUUCAAUCUCUGUAGAAAAUUACCUAGAAAUAUAUUCUCUUUUAGUCUUAAUUUAUGCCUUAUUACAGGGAAGAGAAACAUAUAUC